GGGUGUCCGUGUCUUGUGACGCCUGUAGGGGCGGGUCAUCAACAACAGAGUCGGUCUGUGGAGCUAACGUUUCCAAAGGGACACAGCCUGAACCAGCCUCCCUGUGUUGUUUUGAAUUCUCCAGCAGACACCGACAGGAGACAGAGGCGAGCGGGACAGUCUGGAUAAGAUGGCGGAUGUAGGAGACGAUGAAAUUCGCUCGGCUCUUCCAUCGGCAUCCCGUAAUGGUCCGGUGCUGGGUUCGUCGGUGGCAACGGUCAUGUCGGGUCCACGGAUGGUGAGAAUAGUCAAGUCCGAGUCCGGAUAUGGAUUCAAUGUCCGCGGUCAAGUGAGCGAAGGAGGGCAGCUACGGAGUAUCAACGGCGAAUUGUACGCUCCCCUCCAGCAUGUUAGCGCGGUGUUGCCCGGAGGAGCCGCUGACCGAGCCGGGAUAUCGAAAGGAGACCGGAUCUUGGAAGUUAAUGGCGUGAGUGUAGAAGGUGCCACCCAUAAGCAGGUGGUGGACCUGAUCCGGGCCGGGGAGAAGGAGUUGGUCCUGGCCGUGCUCUCCGUCCCUCCUCAGGAGGCUGAUGGACUCGAGGGAGGAGAAGACGUCCAACCCAACUACGACUACAGCGACAAACAGGCCGUGCCCAUUUCAAUCCCCACGUACAAACACGUAGAGCAGCACUCCGAGAGGUUUGUGGUGUACAACGUGUACAUGUCGGGUCGACAGCUUUGCUCUAAGCGCUACAGAGAGUUUGCCAUCCUGCACCAGAACCUGAAGAGAGAGUUCUCCAACUUCAACUUCCCAAAGCUUCCGGGGAAAUGGCCCUUCUCGCUGUCUGAGCAGCAGCUGGACGCUCGUCGACGAGGCCUGGAGGAAUAUCUGGAGCGAGUCUGCUCUGUGCGGGUGAUCGGGGAGAGUGACAUCAUGCAGGAGUUUCUCUCUGAAUCAGAUGAGAACUACAACGGAGUGACAGACGUAGAGCUGCGGAUAGCUCUGCCUGACAAGACCACCAUCUCUGUGAGGGUCCGUAAGAACAGCACCACAGACCAGGUGUAUCAGGCCUUAGUGAUGAAGGUUGGAAUGGACAGUAUUAUGGCCAGUUACUUUGCUCUCUUUGAAGUCAUCAACCACACCUUUGUAAGAAAGCUGGCACCUAAUGAGUUCCCCCACAAGCUCUAUGUGCAGAACUACACCUCAGCAGUCCCGGGGACUUGCUUGGCGCUCCGUAAAUGGUUGUUUAGCUUCCAGGAGGAGGAGUUACUCCGAGACAAUCCGCUGGUGCUGCACUACUGCUUUCACCAGGCGUUGGAUGAUGUGAAGAAGGGAUUCAUAAAAACAGAGGACAAAUCCUACCAGCUGCAGAAACUGGCAGAGCAGCGCAAGAUGGCCACGUACCUGAGCCUGCUGCGGACGUGUGAAGGCUACAACGAGGUCGUGUUCCCGCACUGCUCCUGUGACUCCAGACGGAAGGGACAUGUCAUCACGGCCAUCAGCAUCAACCACUUCAAGCUGCAUGCCUGUACUGAGGACGGCACGCUCGAGAACCAGGUGAUCGCUUUUGAGUGGGCAGAGAUGCAGCGCUGGGACACAGACGAGGAGGGAAUGGCCUUCUGCUUCGAGUACGCCCGAGGGGAGAAGAAACCACGCUGGGUCAAAAUCUUCACCCCCUAUUUCAACUACAUGCACGAGUGCUUCGAGCGGGUCUUUUGUGAGCUGAAGUGGAGGAAACAGGUCGAAGAAGAUGCGUCCGACAAAGACAACAAGAACUGCAGUAACAACGACUUCCUGCCUCCUCUGGAGACACAACAAAAGGGAUGGCGCCACCUAGGGGGAGAGAUUGCAACAUCCUAAAACCCUCAGCCGUCACUCGAACUAGAACUGGUCCACCCGCAUCAUUCCAGCUAUCCCAGUGAGCGCCCAUCUACAAACCCAGACCUGAGUGACGGACCGCGUCCAUCCAUGUCCCAAAACUUUUUGGAGAUUGGAACAGUCACACUGGACCAAACCCAGGGAUAUGUACACACAGCAAGAAGAGCAAUGAAGGAAAAAAUAGAUCUAACAAAAGCCAGCUUUCAUUUCAUCUACUAGAUUUCCAUAGUGUGUAUCAUGUUUUUUUACCAUGCAGUCGUGGCAGGACACGAGCUGACUCUCGCCAUCUGGUGGAGAUGUAAGACGUUUCUAAAGUGUGCGGUCGGUUGGCCCGACCACAGCAUUUUGCACCAUGAACUUCUUGGCGAUGAAGGUGACACGGCGGGGCCACGACCCAGGUCCCUCACGGAGACUGUCGCCUGCAGACCUGGUCUGUGAGGAUGGAGACUACGGUGGAGACCGGGUGUUCAGUCCUGUCAGAUAUAACUAAAGCUCAGUAACGCUUUACUCUCAUGCUGGACACUAACAGAGAAUAAUGUUUUCUAUCUAUCCAUGUGGUCAGAAGGGACUGUCACAAAAUGACCAGAAAGUAAGCGACUGAAGACUGAUGUGAGGGCGCUCCGCUACAGAGUUAUACGACUUUAACAAUCGUACGUCUGAUAAAAGAAAUUCGAUAAAAGUUUAUGACCUUAAUUGGUUUCUUGAACUAACACAGCAAACACUAACUAUUUGCUUCUUACCGUACAAUUCAAAAAAAGAAAAGCAAAGAAAGCUUGUAUUGGUUAAAAACCAGUGUUUUCAGUCUAGUCUGACGUAUUUUGUAGUGGUUUUGCAGUCUUUAAAAAAUAAUUUCCUCUGUUCAACAGUUAUGUAACGAAUGUUCUGAGCUUUGACUCCAAACGCCACAGGUUCCAGACCAGCAGAUUAUGAAUGCAAGGACAGAACUGGUCGGGUUUUCACUGUGCUUUUUGUGCCGAGUUGCAGUUCUCUGAUUAGGCAGCAGAGGGCAGCACAGUGUAAGACAGAUGAGGUUGUAUGUCGUGGAGAAAUGUAAAUCUUCUUUGAGAGUUCCCCUGGGCUCUGUAACUCACCCCAAAGUAUUCCUGCUCUGCAGUUUGUCCAUUAACCACAUGAGGAGGACAGACGGUGUGUGUGUGUGUGUGUGUGUGUGUGUGUGUGAUUGUGUUCACAGUAGCAGCCAUCUGUGUGUACUGAUCCAGGCUCCUCGUCUGAAAUGAUAGUAUUAGUUUUGUUAUAAUUUCGUUUUGUUGUCAUUUUUUCAUCAAGAUUAAUGAUGGGAUUUAAUUCCUCAGACAACAUAAAUAUGUACAUUAGAAAUAAUCUAGUUUCCAAAAAGAUUGGUACAUUCUUUACAAAUCUGUAAUUUUGUUUUAAAUGUUUGUUAACACUGAUUUAUCUCAAUUUAACUCACUUUGAAUCAAAACCAGCAAUAUUUUCCAAAAGAAAAACGACAGAAGCAAGUUAACCACCAGGGGGCCCUGUCUCAAUAUUUUUAAUUUAUAUUUUUUAUUUAAUUUCAGAGGAGUUUGGUUUUAUUUUUUGCCUGUUUUUGCAGCACAUUCAGCAGCAGUUUCCACCCUUGUCUUCGUUUUAUUACCUGAAACUACUGUAGAAACUACUGUUUCUCACAGUUUUCUUGCACAGAUUAUUUGGUCCCACGUUUGUUUGUGACGCCCAACCUUUUGUCCACGCUCCCUUUAGACCCAGUCAUCAGAGGAACAGUUCUUCUCCUAUUAAUGAAUUAAGUUGUUUGUUUUUUUUAAACAAAUGACAGAUUUGAAAUUUUAUUCCAUUUUUAGGAUGUGUACCGACUUGUUAAGAAAUUGCCAGUUAUUUGUCACCAACGUUGGCAGUUGUUCUCCACCAAUGUCUUUUACUCACCCAAGUCUGAGAGUGUGUGUUUCAUCCAUUUUUACCUGUAGAUCAGCUCAGUGUUACUGUCACAGCUUCUUAUCAUGAUGUUUGUGUCAUAAUUUGAACCUUUUCACAUGUGUGUGCGUGGGCGUGUCUGCUGUGCUUUUGUGGACGUCCUCUACCUUUGUGAAUGACACUGAUGAUUCGCUGGUUUCUCUGUGACAGGCUGUCAGUGUCACGGCUGAAAAAUAAAGAGGUGUGUGUGCGUAUGUGUCAAUAUGACAGCGGAAGCGCAAAAGUGAUGGAGACAAAUGAGGAGCCGUCCCCUAUUGUCUGCCUCUCUCUCUCACACACACACACACACCCUCCUCCUCCCCCUAGCCUUGUUUCUGUUUGACAAAAUUGUUUAGUGAGCUUUUUAGCGUUAGCAUUGUUGCCUCUAAGGACAGGCAGCAGUCACACAACAGCCCACGGCCUCACGUGCCACAGUGUAGUGGCCGGCAGCGUGAUGUAUGUUUGACUCAGAAGUAAAUGACCUGGGAAAGAGACUGCAGUGAGAAAAUUGUGGAUAGUCAUUUUGACAGCCAGAGUAAUGGGCAAUUUAGAGAUGGAUGAUGGGAAAUAAAGCUGUUCAAGCAUGCUGUUUUUUUUUUGUCCACACGCUGCAGAGGAGGGAGAGUGAGAUGGACGUUGAUUGUGUCAACGCGUGGUGUGUGGCCUGUCCUCCGUUCUUUACCCUCUCCAGGUUGGUCUCCCAUCCUCAGGGGGAAAUGUGAUAAGCUCAGCCUGCUUAUUUCCUUUUUUUCCCACUCCUGUCCAUCUAGCUUACAAUAAUGAAUUCAGAGCCCUGUUUUGAUUUUUUUUUAAAAGAUAUUUGGGUGUGUGUGUCUCUGUCUCCGUGUAUCUGUGGCUAAGCUUUUAGAAGUCGACCUGCAGCUGUUUCACCUUUUCUGUUUUUCUUACCUCUUGUGUUGUUUGGUUUCGUCUGCUGGAGGCGCCGUCCUGUACUCAUUGUCAGUCUGUAUCAGUUUUGGUUGGUGGGUGAGAUAAGUGUCAUUGUGCUGGUGCUCAGGUGAGAGCAGGGGGAUGACAGGAAUGUUAAGGAGCAGGCCUUUAGUACGCCCGCCCCCUGCUGGAGUUGUUGUGGUCCGUCAGUGUGUUCAGUGCUGUGGCUCGUCUGUGUUUCUGUGGAGAUGAAGAAUGGAUCUCAUAUCAGGGCUGCACGGUAUUAGCAAAACAACAGAGUAAUGGGGCUGGAUACAGAAGAUCCAAUGUGAUGGGAGAUCGAUCUCAUUUAGACCAGUCAUUUUCUAGAAAAGAGCAACAGACGACUCGGAAGUUUUUUGAUGUUCCAAAUUUAUCGUUUUUCUGCUUUUCACCCAGCAUUGGUGGGGACAUUUUUUGAGGUCGACACUGUAGUUUGUCAUCUUUCUAUUUGUUAAAAUUAGAUUUUUUUCAACAUUCAAGUAACCAAUAAGAAAGUCAGUGAAUAGGUUGAAUGUGCUGAAUUUUCAUUUCAGUAACACUAAAAGAUUAAUUGAUAAUUUAAAAAAUGGGUUCAAAACAAAGGCAAAUUUUUUUUACAAUUUUAAGGAAAGAUAAAAAUUCUGGGGUAUAACUGUACCAGUUAUUGAAACUUCUGUCUCCACAUAUCAUGCAGCCCUGUGUUUAUACGACUCAACAGCCAGGAGGACAAACAAACGUCACGACAUGUUGACCUUUUUUUUUUUCUUUUUUACCCUAUUAGCUCAGUCUGACGCCCUGUGUCUCGUGUACAUUCAGUGUCAACCUGCUGGCUUCUGUUUGCCAAUAGCGUUACAGAUGUACGUUAUGUUGUGAACAAAAAAAGUGUUAACAUUUUAUGUAAUAACUUUCCUGUUUGUUGGCUUUUCCACCACAGGUAGGCAGAGACGUCACUUCCAACAGCGAAGCCUGUUUGUCCGCCGUUAGCAUAACCUGUAAAUAGCUGUUUAAGAAAAAAAAAAGAAGAAAAACAUAAUAU